GUGAUGAGCGUUCGAAACGCCGCCAGAGUUGACGGCUACAUUCUUGAUGGUUUUCCUCGAGUUCUAGAGCAAGCCCAGAUGUGGUCUGAUCUAACUCUUGGUGACGGUAACCCUGAGCUUGUAAUUAAUAUCAGCCUCGCAAGAUCGGUAUUGAUACACAAGUUGGCCUCACGACGCAUCUGUGGGAGCUGCGGUGAUAACUACAACCUCGCUGAUAUACGAUAUGGUCACUAUGAUAUGCCUCCAAUGCUACCUAAGGCUGAGGGGAUUUGCGAUUCGUGUGGUUCUGGCCUUAUUCGACGUGAUGAUGACACGGAUGAGAUCAUUCAACACCGGUUGGAUCUUCACUUCGAUAAGGAAGAGCCCCUGCUAGACUUCUACCG